GAGGCGGAAAGUAGAAACGCGCAACAGACACGUCUUUAAUACGGGUGACGUCACCAGUCGGUGCUGUUUUUGACUAAUUAAGAGAUGGUGUGUAUCUUUUAAGACACGUGAAGAGGCGAGCGGGGCUUUAAAGUAGUCCGGGUGGUUUUAAAGGAGCAUGUUUCACCAACAGUACCCCGUCAAAGCCUUCCUCGGCCGGCUGCGCGCGCUGCGCGUGCAGGUGAACAACCCCGCAGAGGAGCGCGCGCAGCGGCCAGGAGGCGGAGGAAGGUCACAGAGCGAGGGAAAAGACCCGGAUGGAAGAAGGCUUCAGAUCAGUGGAGAAGACCCGGAUGUUAGGAAGUUCACGGAGGAAGAGAUGGCGGUGCACAGAGCCCACGUGGAGGCGUGCCAGUGUUUAGCCUGCACCACAGUGGAUCCUGGGAGAGCCUUCCCCUCCCUCCUCUUCCUCCUCGGCUCUGGCUUUGGGGAGCGACUCGCAGCCCGGGUGUCACUCAGGGCGACCCACAAAUGAUGACUCCACAUGAACCCCUGGAUGGGUGGUAAUGGAGCCCGCCGUGCCCAAGGAGCCAUGGCCGCCAUCCAGCAGACAGCAGGCAGCAUCCAGCAGGCAGCAGACAGCAUCCAGCAGACAGCAGGCAGCAUCCAGCAGGCAGCAUCCAGCAGGCAGCAUCCAGCAGGCAGCAUCCAGCAGUCAGCAUCCAGCAGGCAGCAUCCAGCAGUCAGCAUCCAGCAGGCAGCAUCCAGCAGACAGCAUCCAGCAGACAGCAUCCAGCAGGCAGCAUCCAGCAGGCAGCAUCCAGCAGACAGCAUCCAGCAGACAGCAUCCAGCAGUCAGCAUCCAGCAGACAGCAUCCAGCAGGCAGCAUCCAGCAGGCAGCAUCCAGCAGGCAGCAUCCAGCAGACAGCAUCCAGCAGUCAACAUCCAGCAGGCAGCAGGCAGCAUCCAGCAGUCAGCAUCCAGCAGUCAGCAUCCAGCAUCCAGCAUCCAGCAGGCAGCAGGCAGCAGGCAGCAGGCAGCAUCCAUCAUCCAGCAUCCAGCAGGCAGCAUCCAGCAGGCAGCAUCCAGCAGCCAGCAUCCAGCAGGCAGCAGGCAGCAUCCAGCAUCCAGCAGGCAGCAUCCAGCAUCCAGCAGGCAGCAGUCAGCAUCCAGCAGGCAGCAGGCAGCAGGCAGCUUCCCGGGCUGCUGCUGUGUCUGCGGUCUCACGCCGAGCCGAGAGCCCGUCUGGGUGCAUCGAGCUCGAGGGACGCCGUGUGGUACACACACACACACACACACACACACACUGACGUGGACCCUGCUGCAUUAUGGAUGAUGAUGUCAUGGAGGAAGCAGCAGGACGGUGAGCGGUGGAUCCGGCUAGAGGCGUCACGGAGGCCCCUCGCUCAGAGCCCAGCAGUGUGUGUGUGGCCCUGAGAGCCAAUAGGAGGUCUUACAUUCUGCACGUCAUCACAUUCACAUGCGUUAACGACUCUUCAUCGUCUGAUCAGCGUUGUCCUUCAUCGGCUGCUCGGCGUAUUGCUCAAGGGUCAGGGGAAGACAAUCCAGGGAAAUCACUCCGAGGAACUCUCUCUCUCUCUAUAUAUAUAUAAGGUAAUAAAUAUUGAAUAAACAUGUAAAAUAUAUAGUUUGAUUAGAGGUCAACACAAUGGAACGUCUUCAAAGCGUCGGCGGUUUUAAUAUUUACUGCAAAGAACUUGACAUUAUUAAAUAGUGGUGAAUUUUUUA